CUCAGACUGUCGGGAUGAUCCCUGAAGGCCUCCAAGACACUCAGGAUUCCACCACUGACUAUUCGGAUGCCGAUUUUACGCAACUCAUAGCGGGAUUCGAUGAGGGAGAUACAGAAGAGACAAUUGUCAUCCCGCCGUCCCUCGAACCCCCUAAAACAGACCGACCAUCGACUCCAGAACCCGCCGCAGCCGCCCCUCCGCGUACACCUACCGCUCUCGGAAAGCGAACUCUCGAAGAUGCAUCGCUCUCGCCCUCUGAGGAUGCCCAAACCCCGAAGAAACGCCAGAUAUAUCGCGGUCUGCCAUCCAACAUUAUCUCAACUUCUCCGACGAGGCGACCAGUAUUUGAAACCGCACCAACAUCCCUUCGUGGCCAGUCAGGCACUUCCACUGGUCGUGUCGAUCCAUCAGCAUCAGGCUCUAGGCCAGAUUCACCUCGGAAACAAAAAAUCAUAGAAGCCAUAGAGGAAGCACGCCGCUGCGAGCCCCAAACUCCAUCCCGCUCGGCUGCAGUCUCCCCAUCGGUCCGGUCCUCAGACACCAGAACUCCUGAUUAUCGACGCUCUGCCAGCAGAUUUGGUGCAGAAACACCGGAGUCACUUCCUCGUCCAAAGCCCCCCUCAUCCGCCUCUGACAAACUGCCUACUGUCAAAGCAGAUCCACCGUUUCAUACUGUGGCGCACAACGAGCAACUUCAGGGAUGUCCAGCCUUCCACACGCUGACAUGGGGUGUCCGCUGGAUGAUGGGACGCCUCGUAACUCAGAACAAGCUUGAUUUAGACUGUAUCUCACCAUCUCAACUGGACAAGCUCCGCGGUUUGAAUCAAGAUGUGGCCUCGUCGGUGGAAGAGAAGCUGAAGGACGCCGAUUCCUCCGCAUCAGUGCUGCCCCUCACAAAGGACGAGAUGGUCAAGUGCGCUUGGGGAGCGUUGGACGAGGAAGACACAGCCUUCAAACUUCGAGGUGACUUGGCAUGUGUCGAGAACGUGGAUGCCUCCAACACCUCUCCGUUUAAAUACCACGGGAAAGUGCAGUUUUCUGCGAAACUGUCCUUUAAAAAGGAUAGGAAUGGCGAGCUCCGUCUUGUUCUAGACCAACCCGAGCUAGGAUCAUCGUCACGAUUCACCAGGAGGUUCGGAUCUGAUUGGUUAAUUCGUAUCCGCAUCCACAAAGACCUCGUCAACUCGAAGAGCGUAAAUCUGAGGGAGUAUUUCAUGAAGCCAUUCAUCUUUUUUGAUCGUGUAUACCGUGCCUUCUAUGCAAGCAAAGAGCGCACCGUGUUUCUUGUGGCCACGAACGAGACGUUCAUCGAUGGUGAUUUCCGUCGUAAUCCAGAGUCACGCUGGCACCUCAGUUACUUCGAGAUCCUUGAGUGGCAUAAUCCUCUGAAUCUUAACCAGAAUCAGACAAUGGCGAAAUGGGCAGCUCGUAUACCCUUAGGAUUGUCUAACUCGGUUCCAGGGCUGGUGUUGAAAAAGGAUCAAAUAAAAGCGGAGGCAGAAAUCAUUUCGCCCUUCCAUGACCCUGCCACCGUCGGUAAACCUCCCUCGGAGAUGGAAAUGACCGACGGAUGCGGCUACAUCAAUCUGUUCGCUAUGAAGAUGUUAAGUUCAAAGAAACUCUGGGAUAAACCACCGACAGCUAUUCAAGUCAGAGUUGCGGGUGCAAAGGGCCUACUCACUAUCCACCCUGGACAAAAUGGUGAAAAUGCGAGCGAGGUAUCUACAGUGUGGGUUCGACCAUCACAGAUGAAGAUUCACUACUCCUUCGAUGACCUGGAAGAUCCCGCAAAGAGAACCGUGGAUGUGCUACGUGCAUCUCACAUGCGGAGUGGAACUCGUCUGGCUAACGAAGUCGUCAUCUGUCUCGCCGAAAAUGGCGUCAAGACCAACGUCUUUACUAACCUCCUCCAACAUUCGCUCGAUGAAAUUAUGGAACCCCUUCUCAACUGGAACGAUAUGCAUCAACUGCACCGUGUGAUAGCCAAGGAAGGUGGUGUGCUUGCUGCCCGUAUGACGAGAGAGAUGGCUGGGGAGGCACGAGUACGAGGGUUGCGAGCGUAUGACGACGAGGACGAGGACGACAAAGACGACGAAAUCGAAUGUAUCAGCGAUGUACUCGAGAUGGGUGCUCAACGAUCAACUGCGUGGUUCGCAGACGAAAUCAGCGGACAGCCGUCUUCACUCGAAGAAACCGUAUGUGUUCUUCUCGACUCUGGCUUCACGCCCCAGAACAACCCCGUGCUUGCGUCGAAGCUUGAGAAAGUGAUUAAGGGCGCUGUGAAUAAGCGCCUCGCGAGGUGCAAGGUUGAGGUCCCUAUGGCUUGUACGGCAUUCAUCAUCCCAGACCCAUUCGGUGUCUUGAACGAGGGCGAGAUCCACAUCAAGAGCUCGCUAACGAACUUGCAGAGACAAGAUGGCCUCUCAACAGCUCAAAUUCUGGGGCCGGUUCUGGUUACAAGGAAUCCUUGCAAGCUUCCGUCCGAUAUUCAAAAGGUCACGGCCGUCUUCUGUGCGGAGCUCAGGGAUUACGACGAUGUCAUCGUCUUCUCCACCAAGGGACGUCGAAGCUUAGCCAGUUUACUGGCCACAGGUGAUUACGACGGAGAUAAGGCCGUGGCAAUAUGGCAACCUGAAAUCGUCGAUGACUUCGUCAAUGCAGACACCAAGUUCGCAGAUCCACCAGCCGACCUGAUGUCCUUCUUCGAGAAGGAAAACGAGACCGUGGCCGACUUUUUGCUACGCACUUCGGGGAUGUCGGAUUCUGACCGCAUGCGAGAGUUUCAGAAGGUCCUGCUCAGUGCUCUACGCGACCCUUCAAUCUAUGGCAUGUAUUCCACCAUGCAUGAUAAUGCGAUAUAUGGACUUGGGUACGAUCAUCCACACACCAUACGGCUUGCGUACAUGUUCACGCACAUCCUUGACGGCGCCAAAACCGGCCUCACGGUCAGAGAAGCCAUCCGCCGCAAAGACAUGAACAGCAAAGAAUAUGGCUCAAACGUGACCGCGGGAUGGAAGAAGUGGAACCCUUCCAGGCUCAAGCGCGAAAAUAAAGGAACUCAAGCGGAGAUCAAGCGGCGGUCUGCCAAGCCGUUCAUCAUGGACGAGCUGCAAAAUCACGUCCAAACCCUUUCAGAUCGGGUCAUGCCCAUGAUAGAGCAACGUUUCAAAGAUCUCCGGCCUGUCUUCGACACGGAUCUCGCGGAGGACUGGGAGGAUGCUGUGCGGCGUGCCGAGGUCAAGGAUGAUCAGGUGAUGAAAGACGAACUGGAAAUCAUCAAGAAGCAUGUCGAGGAUAUCUGGAGGAAAGGGAAGGCGUUGAUGAACACAUCCACGGCUAUCGCGGCGAGGCGGGAGCUGGACAUGCAGCACGACCGGAAGACGGGGGGGUCGCCUUGGACCAAUCUGCCUAUCGAGAUCAGGCAGGAUAUCCUGCGGGACCAGUCUCGAGAGUUCGCUGCCGUACCCGAUCCCAAGACAAUUCUGUCCUUCAGCAAGCACGAGAUCGCGCGGCUUCGAGCCUCGUACGCGUAUAUCCACGACUGGAAGAACAAAUGGAGUCGCCAUCCGUUCAACGUUACCACUAGAACCCUAUGCGAAAUCAAGGCGGAUGUGGAUGGGAAGUGCAAGGUCUUGUCGGGAUCGUUCUACGACCGUAUGAUGAUAGCGAAAUCUGCUAUGAAGGGUGCUUGAGAAGAUAUAGAGGGCUGACAUUUACUUUGGGCCGGGCAGAGAUUUGACAAGGGCAUUUUGUUCUACGCGCUUCGUUGAUUUAUGAUUCGGGCAUGACUUGAUUUUCCUUUGCUUUGCUUGAUUGCUUUCGGCCAGUUAUUUCGGACUCUUGGAUCUGUCUUGUAUGUUUAUUUGCAUUUUUCCUUACCUUGAUCUUCGGGCCUUUACCAAAAGAAACGUGAGCGGUGUACACUUCGCUUGUAAGAUAUCCUGAUUCGGAGAUAUUGCAUUGUACUUCGUUAUCGCGUUCUUCUGGAUCUUCUAUAUCAAUGGAGAGAACGUCGAUUAUGU